AUGCGACACACAGACACACACACACAGACACACACACACACACAGACACACACACAGUCACACAGACAUCAUCGCGAAAAUAGUCAAAACGGAUUCAGGGGACCGCAAAACGUAAAAAUCCGUCGAAAACUCGAAGGCGAAAAAAAUCAUGAUUCCUAUACUUUCCUUAUAUCUACAUUACGAAACUUUGAUGCCUCGACUAUUCCAGCAUGCAAAGCUGAGUUAUAUCAACUAUUGCGAGUAUAUUACGUUGCUGACAUUUGGUGUAACGCCCAUUUGAAAGUUCCAACAGUGCACGAAAAUGCUUCCCAUCAUGGUUGGGAUUUGUCUAAUGAUGGCUAUACUUUCAAGAGGUUUGACGGUGAAGCUGUUCCAAACACCAUAAAUGAAAUAGUUCUGCAAAAUAUUGAGACUGAGGAGCGUAACCAAGAGGAACAGGAAACGACACAAACCAUCGAGGAAGGUUAA